AUGGAGUAUGCCACUCACAGGGUUGACUGGUCCCAUCAAGAGCCCAGAUCGGCCCUCAACAGAUCCAACAGCAUGUCCAGACCCAGCAGCAAAACCAUUUAUGAACAACGGAAAGAGUACUCUCAGACCAUGGCUGCAGAACCCACCAACCUAAAGCUACGAGUGGAGCACCUGCUGACCUGUAAGCUCGGCUCAGGAACCAUCCAGGAACCUAAGGAUGUAAUCGAGAAGCUUCAGAUGAUGGAUGCCCAAGGUCAAGUGUGGGGCCAAGAUGUGGUCCUGCAGGUCAAAAACCACUGGCUUCAAAUCCUAGAUAUUGAGACCAGGGAAGAGAUGGAUUCUUACCCCUUGGAUGGCAUACAGUCCCUAGAUGCCAUAUUGAAUAGCUGUUCCUACAAUUCAGUUCUAUUAAUCAACCUUCAGGAGCCGGGCCACCCUUUGACCAGUGUCCUGCUAUUCCAGUGCUGGGAAGUCGGGGCUGAGAUUCUGAGGAGUAAUCUACAGAAGGCUAUUGAUGAAUCCAAAAAGAGGCAAGAAUCAAGACACAGAUUUGGGGGUACCCUACACAAUGAAAAUAGGCAGGAGGCAUAUCCCCCAGAAAAGCAUCCCUGGAACUCCACUGAGCAGAGACUCCUCGCCUCAUACCAGCCUACUACCCAGGAAUCACAGGGGUUUGACCAAUUUCCCCUGCAGAAGGCAGAGCCUAAGCUCCCCCUGGACGUGGAGAGAGAAAUAGAAGAACUGAACAACAUCCUGAGUGAAAUUGAGCUAUUUGUGGAGAUGGCAAAGAAGACCCCAAAAAAUAACACUAAAAAGAAGAAGAUUUUGGGGAAGAAGAAGACCCCAAAAGGGCCUCUUUCAGAACCCCAAUACAUAGAGGGCUUCCAGAAGAUCAAGCGUGCAUUCAAUUUCCUGGGGAAGCUGAAUAUCUAUCUACAGCAGCCAGAUGCCCCUGAAUUUGUACACAUCCUCUUCCAAGCUUUGGACAUGGUGAUGUCCAACUGCCCCAAUCCUCAUUGGGCAGCUUCUGUAGAUGUUCCCGGGUUAACCUCCAAGGUCAUUGACUUGCUGAAUUCUUGUCUGACACGAAAUGAAAUGGAUUUCUGGAAAAGUCUAGGAGAGUUCUGGACCACCAGCACGGAUUAUGGGCCAGACCAAGAGCCCACGAAUUCUACAUACGUGCCCAGAUUCCACAGGCAAUCUGAAUCUUCAGAGUUCUCCGCAGUCAUUCACCAGCACAACCCCACCAAGGACCAGGAUCUCAGCAGCCCCAGAGCCAGCCUAACCCAGCAGCCUCUACUAAUGCAAGUCCAGUAUGAGUUUGAAAGCAGAAAUCCACGGGAGCUGACAGUGACUCAGGGUGAGGUGCUGGAGAUUUUGGACCACAGCAGACAGUGGUGGCUGGUGAAAAACAAAGGCGGGCAAAGAGGCUACAUUCCUAAUAACAUCCUGGAACCCGUGAAUUCAGACCUACAGAGGAACAGGAGCUGGUCUAGCUCCCCAACUCGGGGUCCCAUGCUGCGGCCCACCUCCAAACCACAGGAGGUGAGGGAUUGGCUGGAGUCAGAGAACUUCUCUAACAUCACCAUUAAGAGCUUGGGAAUGCUGACAGGAAGCCAACUGCUGCACAUGCGACCCCGGGAGCUGCAGCUCGUGUGUCCAGAUGAAGCCCCCCGAGUCCUGGAACGGAUAGAGGAAGUGAAGAUGAUGCUAGGGAUGGGACCUUAGGCUUUACCCAGAACAGCCAAGGAUAAAGAAUUAAAUCCCUGGUUUCCUCAAGCAAGGCAACAGAUUGGAUGCUCCCAGCAGUGCUGUGUCUUUGGACACCUCACCCACCCACAUUUGGCACCUCAUUCUAAGCUUUCUAAACCCUAGUUCCUAUUCCAGGACCCAACUAUCUGCCCAACUCCAUGUCUAGGCCUAUACUUUUUCUGAGGUGAAAUGGGAAUAUGAGCAGUGGAUAGGGGGGAGGGGGAGGAAGGGAGGCUGAAAUAUAAGGUUACCAGGAUGAUUCUUGUGCUUAGCCAUUCAUGCCUGUCUGGAGCCAUCCCCAGAAACUGAGUAUUUAUUAUACUUCUUCCUCUCUCCAAUAAACCAAUGCCUGUGACCAAAGACCCUAUCUUUGUAUACUUUCACCCAACCUUUGCAUGAAGAUCUUAAGUGAAUAAUAAUAAUUCGG